AUGCGUCAGCAAUCAGCCCGCCCUCCUCCCCCUCGUGCCACCGCUACUCCCUCAUCCUCUUCAGCACCCCCACCGAUAUCUCAACAGGCUUGGGACUCUGUCGCAACAUGGGACUUGGGGACGUUCUUCAGCCCCACUGUCACCCCAGGCCCACUAUUGCGUCGGAUUCCGCCGCGUGUUCGCCUGCUAGUCCUGGAUGCUGUACUCAUACCACUUCGCCGCCUUGCCAUCCUUCCUCAAGAUCUUGCUGCUCAUUUCCUCCUCCUGGCUUUCCCCCAUCUGGUGCUUCGCUCUUCCAUUUCUCCUGCCUCACAAUCAGCCACAGCAGCAUGCGCAGCCUUUGCACGUCGUUUCAUUCAAGGUGAUUGGCUUUCUCUCUUCAACGAAGCUAUUGCUGCUGCCGUUCCAGCGUCUCGACCGCACAGUCUAUCGUCCGCCCGGUCCACAGCCACGUUCGCCCGUCUGAACCGAGCCAAACGAUUCGCGCAUUGCGGGGACUGGUCAUGUUCCCUUGCCGCUUUAGAGGCUGAUGAGCUUGCCCCACCGACCCCUGAAACUGUUACUGCGCUCAAGGCCAAGCACCCUCCUGCUACCGAGGAACUUCUGGACUGGCUGACCGACUUCUUGCCUUCAGAAGUGCCUCAGCUCACCAUUCCACUUCUUCAUCAGGCCUUGCGGUCAGCCCCUCGCGGCACAGCUGCUGGCCUUUCUGGUUGGCUCAUUGAGCACCUUAGCGAUACCUUUCUUUCAUACCAGUCACACCUACCGCAUCUUCUCCGCCUGUUCCAGAAUUGGUUGCAAGGCGACCUCCCGCAGACAGUUCGACCUUACUUCACCGCAUCUACUCGUGUUGCCCUUCAGAAGCCGCAAGGAGGCGUUCGCCCCAUUGACAUCGGCGAGAUACUUCCGCGCCUACUAUCUCGUUGUGUUACCCUUCACUUCAAGCAGCAGAUUCGAUACUUCUUCCUUCCCUCGCUACAGUUUGGGGUUGCUGUCUCCGCGGGGAUCGAGGUUAUGGCCCAUGCAGUCCAGUCGGCCCUUUCCCUCCACCCAGAGUGGGUUCUGCUGGAACUGGAUGUUGCCAAUGCCUUCAACUCCUUCAGCCGUUCCGCUAUGUUCAACGCCCUCCGAGACUCCCCGUUCUACAGCAUCAUCCCCUUCUUUCGCCUCUUCUAUGCCUCCCCCUCUUCUCUCCAUUACCGCAGCGGCCCAUUAAUCGAGACACUGCAGUCAUCAUCGGGUGUUCGACAGGGUGACCCAUGUGGGCCAUUCUUGUUCGCCCUCACCCAGCACCUAGCCAUUCGCCCAAUCCAGCGUCAAUCUCCAGCUCUUUUCAUCACCUCCUACGCGGAUGACACGUAUAUGGUCGGCCCUGCGCAUGACAUGUUUCCUGCCUACACAGCGCUUACAACUCGUCUCAAUGACCUGGGCCUAAGGAUACCUUCCCAACCCUGUCGCCAUUCCCUAUCAGGCAUCUCGUUUUUAGUAACACUCUGCCAUCACCUCUCCCUCACUCCCGGCCGACGCCUCUCCUCACUCCCCACCGUUGCCUCUCCCUCCCUCCCCGCCGUCACUCUCCCUUCCUCCUCGACGUCUCCUCCAUCUCCCUUUCCGCCGUCGCCUUUGCAUUGUGCCUCCAUUUUAAGAAGGGGAGAGAGGCAGUGUGAGGGAGUGUGUGCGCACGGGAGUGAGCACGCAGAAGCGCUGGCGCCUAUCGCGCUGGCGCCUAGCGCACUGGCGCCUAGCUCGCUGGCGCCUAGCGCGCUGGCACCUAACGCGCUGGCACUUAGCCCGCUGGCGCCUAGCGCGCUGUCGCCAAGCUCGCUGGCGCCAAGCGCGCUGGCGCCAAGCGCGUUGGCGCUUAGCGCGCUGGCGCCUAGCGUGCUGGCGCCAAACGCGCUGGCGCAUAGCGCGCUGGCGCAUAGCGCGCUGGUGCCUAGCGCGCUGGCGCCUAGCGCGCUGGCGCCUAGCGCGCUGGCGCCUAGCGCGCUGGCGCCUAGCACGAUGGGGCCUAACGCGCUGGCGCUUAGAGCGCUGGCGCCUAGCGCGCUGGCGCCUAAUGCGCAGGUGCCUAGAGUGCUGGCGCCUAGCGCGCUGGCGCCUAGCGCGCUGGCGCCUAGCGCGCUGGCGCCUAGCGCGCUGGCACCUAGCGCGCUGUCACCUAGCGCGCUGGCACCUAACGCGCUGGCGCUUAACGCGCUGGCGCCUUACGCGCUGACGCUUAGCAUGCUGGCGCCUAGCGCGCUGGCGCUUAGCGCGCUGGCGCCUAGCGCGCUGGCGCCAAACCCGUUGGCGCAUAGCGCGCUGGCGCUUAGAGCGCUGGCGCCUAGCGCGCUGUCACCAAACGCGCAGGCGCCUAACCCGCAGGCGCCUAGAGCGCCGGCGCAUAUCGCGCUGGCGCCAAUCCCGCUGGCUGGCGCCUAUCGCGCUAACGCCUAUCGCGCUCGCGCCUAUCGCGCUCGCCGCCUAUCUCGCUGGCUGGCGCCUAUCGCGCUGGUGCCUACCGCGCUGGCGCCUACCGCGCUGGCGCCUACCGCGCUGGCGCCUGUCGCGCUGGCGCCUGUCGCGCUGGCGCCUGUCGCGCUGGCGCCUGUCGCGCUAGCGCCUGUCUCGCUGGCGCCUGUCUCGCUGGCGCCUGUCGCGCUAGCGCCUGCUGCGAUGGCGCCUAUCGCGCUGGCGUUUAACACGCUGGCCCCGAGCAUGCUAGUGCCUGUCGCGUUGGCGCCUGCCACGCUAUCGCCUAACGCAUUGGCGCCUAUCGCGCUGGCGCCUAUCGCGCUGGCGCCUAUCGCGCUGGCGCCUAUCGCGCUGGCGCCUUAA